AUGCCACCACAAAAAAAACGUAAUAAUAUAACCGUAGCAUGUACAAAUUGUCGAAAACGGCACGUAAAAUGCAAUAAAUCUUCUGGAGAAGAUAAAUGUACAAACUGUAAUAAAAGAAAUCUAGAUUGUACUUUAAUAGAGGGUAAUAAGCGCGGUCCAAAGUCCACUGCUAAUGCAUACCAAAAUACAUUCAUGAACAAUUCCUCCUUCAUUCACGAUGAACAUACGUCAAAUAAUGAUCAAAACAUUAUGUCCUUUCUUAAUUUCUCCCCUGAUUCAUUUUCUGCUAGUGAUUUUUUAUCACAUCUUUAUAGUCAUACUACUGAGACUAUUGAUGCUACUGAAACUGUUGACGCUACUGAAGCUACCGAGACUAUUGAAAUUUUCCAAAAUGCUCAACCUUCGUUAUAUUUUCAUGACCAUGAACAAAUAAUGCCAACUAAUGAUCAGAAUAUAUCAUCCUUUUCAACGAACGAUUUAAACGGUUCCUUCUAUCACGAAACUCCACAUCCUCAUAUUGACCCUCUUGAUGAGGCUACUGAAUCAUCUCAAAACUGCAAACUUUUUUCUACGAACUUUCAAUUCUUUUUUAUUCGAUACACAAACGGGUGUCGCAAAGCGAAAACCUGGAAUUCACAAACGGGUGUCGCAAAGCGAAAACCUGGAAUUCACAAACGAGUGUCACAAAAAGCGAAAACCUGGAAUUCUUGA